CGAUAAACCAAAGUGCUAUUCUGCACAAUUUAGGGUAGUUAUGCCUGACCAGGCACCCUAGAGCUAUAUCCUGGUCCCUGGCUGGCUCAAUUCCAUUGUCUCGUAGGCUGAAAGAUCAUGACCCAGGUUCGAGCUUGCAGGCGGAGCUGGCCGGGAUUUGCCGCUAGGCCGGCCAUGAUUGUUAAUCCAGUACCUGGUUUUACCAGCCCGUCAUGUGCCAAUAUCAAGUAACGGCCUAAGGCGACCAUAGCAUUCUACCCUUGGCCUGAGCUCGUCGUCAGAUCAUCUCGGCUCUUCCACCAGCAACCCUCCAACGUCAUCGGCUACAAAACAAAGCACAUCUCCAAUCCUUCUUUGUCACUAGCAAGCCAAGACAAGAAAUCAAAACUUCAACGCCAGCAUGCUUCGCACAACCUUCCGCCAGACAGCCGCCUUCCGGCCUGUUCGAUGCUUCUCUACCACUCCUCGCGUCAUGACUGAGGGAGCUACUGGUUCAGUCCGUCCCACUGGUGGUUCUGGUGAUGCCUUCCAGCGACGGGAGAAGGCCAGCGAGGAUUACGCUAUCCGCCAGCGCGAGAAGGAGAAGCUCAUUGAGCUCAAGAAGAAGCUCCAGGAGCAGCAGCAGCACCUUGACCGUCUCUCCAAGCACAUUGACGAGAUCACCCGUGAGCAGGGCGGCGAGAAGAACUAAACAACUCAUACCUCGGAUUACCGGAUACCCCCGGCAAAGACUGCGGGGAGAAAUCAUCAGCUCUGACUGAGGUUCAAUCCCGCUCGCCAAGAUCGAUGGAUGUACAUUUAUCGGUUGGGGGAACUCGACCUGACUUGAAAUUGCACUUCUUCCAGUGCUUGUCUUUUUCCAUAGUCUAAACUAGUGUACAAGAACAAUCACGCAUUUGCACUCCUCAACAUUGGAUUUCCAGAUGUCGCCCGUAUCCUUGUUACUCUAAACUGAGCUGUACUGCACGUCUUCUCUCCGUGUUCAUAUCUGAUACAGAAUUAUCUGAAUUCCUUGCCUAAAACUCCAAGCCAAUAAUUAUUGCCCCCUCCUCAUCGUCGACCCAUGUAAGAGCGAUAGAAGCUCUCUGCCGCAUCAUUAUCAGAACCGGCAUAAUGACUUCCUAGGUUGCUGCUCGAUUUCUGAGCAGCCGCGACCUUGGCUUGCAGCGACGAGGCAUUAGCAUCAAUCCACUGCAAUUGUGUAAGGUGGCCAUUCAGGACCCGAACAAUCUGGCUCAGCUGUGUACUGGGUUAGCAAACCUUAUCCAGGUAAUAAAAAUGGAACGGAACUUACAGGGUCC